AACGCCCCCGUCUGCUGUUCAGGGAGCUCAUCAUACGAUCACUCUCAACCACAGUACAUACAUCCAAUCCGCCUUAUAAACCUCCAAAGUGUAAGGAAUCUCCUACAAUAUGUGCGACAAUACCUACAGCCUUGUUCAGUCUCGCUACGGUGACAUCGCAAAACAAAGUACGAACGUCCAGCAGCACGACAAAGAAGAGGAAAUCGCUAGGGCGUUUGGCUACAGUGCGGAAGAUCUGAGUUCUUUGCCAGGGAAAACUAACCUUGGCUUGAGCUGUGGAAAUCCGGUGGGAUUUGCGAAUGUGAAAGAGGGCGAGACAGUUCUGGACCUGGGCAGCGGCAGCGGCAUUGAUGUCUUCCUGGCGGCUCGUAAAGUCGGGCAUAAUGGACAGGCCAUCGGCGUGGACAUGACAAGAAGCAUGAUUGAACUCGCCGAGAAGAAUACGCAAAAGGCAGAACUUUCCAAUGUAAAAUUCAUUGAGUCCAAUAUCAACUCCAUACCGCUACCAGACUCCAGUGUCGACUGCAUCAUCAGUAACUGUGUCAUCAACCUUGUCCCGGCCACCGACAAAGCGGCCGUUUUUCGAGAGAUCGCGCGCCUACUAAAGCCCGGCGGAAGGGUCGCGAUCAGUGAUAUUCUAGCUAGAAAGCCGCUCCCAGAUCAUAUUACCAGCAAUAUGGCGCUGUAUGUUGGGUGUGUUGCUGGUGCUGGUCAGAUUGUGGAGUAUGAGGAGUAUCUCAGGCAGGCUGGAUUCGAAGGCGUGUUUAUUGUUGAUACGAAGUCGGACCUUAAUCUUUAUAAAGAAUCUUCGUAUUUGCCUCAGAGCUCAUGUUGUGGCGGUGGCCUUGAGCGUAAGGGGACUCCGAGUGAUAUUGCAGCUUUGGAUUUUAAUGAGUGGGUUGGUUCCUUUCAGAUCUAUGCUGUCAAGGCUUAGAUUGCUUGCUUUGCAUUUUGUUCUAUAGGGGAAGUUAAUGUUCAGAACACCGUUUCACAGAAUGCACUUCCGGCGCAUGGCUCGG